AUGCCUGUUAGAUUUGAGAAUCAAGCUGCAAACUUUCAAGAUAGACCAACCGUCGAGAAGUCAAGCACGGCAGGAAUCCCAUCGGAGGAAUCAUCAACCGCUAGAGAGCCACCAUUGCAGAGGAAAAAAAGAGUUACUAUUCAGCAUCCCGAUUCUGCUGGUGAAUCAUUAAAGUAUCAAGAAGCAAAUAAUAAGAUCAAUCAAGCCAGACCCUACACUGCUCCAGAUGAUACUCCACAAAGUCUUGUUCAAGAAGUGAGACAAAAAGCAGCCAUCAAAGAUGAAGAUAAGAUUGGUAGCAAAGCAUUACAGUACAAAGCUGGUUUACGCCCUACUAAUCCUCCUAGAUUAGCUUAUGGCAAAUCUGAGUAUCAGAGACAAUACGAUUGGAAAAAAUUACCGGAAAGAGCAUCACCAAUUAUUGCCGCAGAUAAUACCAUCUUCAAAUCGAGUACUGAUAUUGCGCCUGUUAAGGUUGAUAUGGGCCCAAGGCCUAACGUAAAAUCUGAAUAUCAAAGACAGUAUCAGGAUUGGAGGCAAUCCAUGCAGCAGUCUACUAAACCAGCCGCGCAAGAUCAAUCAUCAAGGUUGGCACGUCCUAGCCGCUCUAUCGAUGAACGAUCGGAAAGCAGCUUAGAUACUACGAAAAGUAUUCUAGAUGGAGACUAUUAUAAUAAGAAAGAGAAAUCUGAAGAUAUUAAAGCAUCUGGUUAUAAAGACAAAAUAUCUGAUUAUAUGGAACGUUUAGAGCAAUCUGAAAAUCCAGAUCGACCUUUCUUCCCUCAUCGAAGACGAAACUAUUUGCUUACGUAUUUCUAUGAUUUAUAUAUCCAGGAUGAUGAUAAUUCUCCUGUGAUUUCUCCUGAUGGUACACCAUCGUGGUAUAAACAGAUUUUGGAACUGCGUGAAAAGGUUCAACUGUUUCGUGAAAGAUCGCAGCAGGGAACAUUCUUUACAAGAAAGAAUCUAUUGGUAAUGGAAAUGGCACAAGAAGAUCUUUGGGAACCUGCAUCAGAUACUUCUAGAUCAGGGAGAGAAAAUCGCACUACAAAUGAACGUGGUAGUUACUCAACAACUUCAAAGAAGGUGUCACAAGUACAGCAAUUGCCUCCUUCCCAGCCAAAGGAAGCCUGGACCGUCGAAGCGAACGAAAACGAAACUGAAGAAAGUAACAAAGCUGAUGAGGAUUACGACGAUGAAGAAACUUUGAGUGAAAGGCCUGGUAAUGGAAAUAUUGAAGCUGGACAAGGGAAUGGGAAUGACCAAUUUGAGAAAUUAGGAAGUAAUACUAUUGUCGAAAGAAGAAAUCCCAUUGAUAACAAAGCAUAUGAACCGAAGAAUGGAUUAAAUAAGGAAUAUAAAGGAAAUUUAAAAAAUGUGGAUACCUACAGUAAAGCUAAAACAACCGUCGGAUUUGCUAACCACAAGAACGAAGCGACGAAAGAAAAUCGCAAUUUAACUUCGGAUUCAAAUAUAAGGCCGCCAAAAUCAUCCAAUCUGAGACGAAAAUUUGGCCAGAAUGCAACUACAAUCGUUAAGCGCAAUGAAAAUGGUAAUGUUGCUGGUAAUGAAAACAGUACAGACAGAGGAUAUUAUUCGAAUUCUCAUCGAAAUACUGGCGAUAAUAAUCCCCAUGACGGCAAUAUAGCAGAAAUUUCAGACCGAAUUUCUAAAUUAAAAAACCGUUUAUUGGAUGAUCGAGAGUCAGUUUCCUCUAUGGCUAGUUCUUAUGCUUCUGAUGUACUAGAAAGAUCUAAACAAAGAAAGGAGAAUUUUUGGGGGAGGAAAUAA